CACCCCAAAAGCUCCGCGGCGAAACAUCAACCAACCUUCAACAAUCAACCAGAAACAGAAGCAAGCCCACCAUCCCACCCCCCCUCAACAAACCCAAAUUACCAUUGACAACCCCCAACCCAAACCCAAACCCUUGACCAAAAGCAACAAUGGCCGACAAACUCCGCACCCUCCAGAACCUCGAGGCGAUGCAGGCCCGCUACAUCGGCACGGGCCACGCCGACACGACCAAGUACGAGUGGCUGUCCAACAUCGUGCGCGACAGCUACGCCUCGUACAUCGGUCACCCGCCCAUGCUGUCGUACAUGGCCGUGGGGAUGGGCGAGUCCAAGGAGAAGGUGCGGGCGACGAUGAUCGAGAAGAUGGUGCGCGGGGCGGGGAAUCCGCCGGAGACACAGGAAUGAGGAUGGAUGGGUUGAGUGGUCCAGUUGGGAGUUGGAAGGGGUCGGGGUCGGGGUGCUGAUCGGGGGGUGAAUGGUUUGCCCGGUUGGUCCAGUGUCUAGAACAGAGGCUUUGGAUGAUGGACGAAUGCUGGAUGACACAGACUAGAUCUGUGGUCUGGUUAUUCGGAGAACUCUGGGUGUAUACCUGAGGAACAAGACAAGAAACGACAUCAGGUCAUCGAUGAGAGGCAAGGAGUUUAUGGAUACGGCGUUUUGGGGGCGUAUGCCUUUCUGCUCAUGCAGCGAGAUUUUCUCAAUACUCGAUAAAGAUUUACAGUAAUCAUCACAUCAUAACACAAUCAUUCAGAUC